AUGGUCGGAAUUGAACUUGUGGAGCCCGCACACAUUCCUGUGAUUGACUUCCAAGCUCUCUCAGCUGGUACUCCACCAGAGCGUAAGGCUGCUCUGAAACAACUGGAUGAUGCAUUCCAGUCGGUUGGCCUUGUACAUCUUGCCAACCAUAGCAUCGGCCAAGACCUCAUAGAAGAGGCAUUUUCGUGGUCUAAACGCUUCUUUGAUCUACCGGAUGACGUGAAGGAACUAGUUCGUCACCCUCAUGACCCAUCCGACCAUCGUGGCUGGGCGGCUGCCGGUACCACCGUCUUAAGUCAAGGUGUUUGGGACCAAGCGGAUAUCGAGCGCAUACGUAAAACCGGCCCAGUGGAAACGAGGGAAGCCCUUGAAACAGGCGAUCCCUACCCGAGCAAGGCCCCAAACCCUGAGUUCACGCCAAAUCGAAUACUGCCUGAAGAAAUAUUUCCUGGCUUUGAGGCAUUCACUCAGAAGUGGUGGGAUGCAUGCAUAAAGCAGGAGCUGCAAAUUCUCCGGUGCCUCUGUGAAAUCCUUGAUAUUCCGGACAAGGAUCUUCUUGGGAAACAGCAAAACCCGGAUUUCAAUCGCAGUUCGACUGGUUGGAAUCAUUACCUAUCCGAACCCACUCGAUGCCUGACAAGUGGACAGUCCUCUCGUCUCAAUGCUCAUACGGAUUAUGGGCAAUUGACCUUACUAUUCCAAGAUACAACUGGUGGACUCGAGGUUGAGGAUGAAGAGGGCGGCACCUUUAGGCCUGUACUCCCUAGACCCGGUACAAUCAUUAUUCAGAUUGCCGAUAUGCUAGAGAGACAGUCUAAUGGGAAAUGGAAAAGCUCCUUGCAUCGGGUCACUACCCCCCAUCACCUGAAGCACAUUGAUGCAGGUGAUGGUAUGUUGAUUGAGCGAUAUUCGAUUGGCUUCUUCAUCCAGCCUGACUUUGACCUGGUUAUAAAACCUCUUCCGGGCUGUGAAGCCAAAGGAAGAUGGUCAUCGCUGGAGUGGGAGGAUGAAAUCACGGCCGGCGAGUGGCUGACCAGGAGAUUUGCCCUGGAAUAUCAACACAAGGAUUCAUCCAAGUCUGCAGCAUAGUGGAAGCUACAUGAUUUCAGUUAAAACUCGGUUUAGGUGCUUUCUGUUGACAAGGUGUUUUCUGCUUUGAGAAGUGAAUCCAACGAUUUGAAUUCACCAAACCCCAUAAUAUACAACCGCUAUUGUGUAGUCAGAUAGCGCCCACGAUCUUGUCAUAAAUGGUUCGUC